AGAUAUUUUUAUCUUUAGGUUAAUAUGUAGACUGAGCGCAUGUGCAGUGAAAACGGAAGUUUAUUCACAAUGUGUUUUGCAUGAUACGUAUGAUACAUCAAAAAUACCAAAGCAAUGCAUAUCACAGUUACCACUUUGUCGGAUCAAAUAUUUGCAUUAGAUGUUAGUGAGGAUCUAGAACUUGAAAAUUUUAAGGCAUUAUGUGAGUUUGAAAUCGGCAUUUCAGCUUCUGAAAUGGCUAUUCUAUGGAAUGGGCGUCCUCUUCACGAUGACAAAAGAACAUUGAAGUCAUAUGGUGUUAAAGAUGGAGACAUGUUGUUAUUGCAACACAUGCGUGGGGCCCCACAGGCACCUCAGAGUCCACAACAAUCUGGAACAGGUGUACCACUGAUUGACUUUGGGAGUAUAAGUAUACCAGGCCAGUCUCCAGGACAAGGUCAGGGUGGUAGUGGUGCCUCAGGAAGAGGCCAGCAACCCCUUGCUCCUGAUGACCCAGAGGUUAUUAGACAGAUGCUGCUCAAUAGUCCACAUGAGUUGUCAUUGCUAAAGGAGAGGAACCCACCCCUGGCUGAUGCUCUUCUCAGUGGAAGUAAAGAAAAGUUUGCAGAGGUGUUCAACAAACAGAGGAAAGAAAAAAUGGAAAGAGAGAAAGAAAGAAUGCAGUUGAUGAAUGCUGACCCUUUUGAUCCCAGUGUUCAAAGUGUCAUUGCUGAGGAAAUAAGAAUGAAAAAUGUAGAGUCCAACAUGGAGAGUGCCAUAGAGUUUGCUCCAGAGAGCUUUGGACAAGUUGUGAUGUUGUACAUAGAUUGUAAAGUUAAUGGACAUGAUGUUAAAGCUUUUGUGGACUCAGGAGCCCAGAUGACAAUUAUGAGUCAGGCUUGUGCUGAGAGGUGCAAUAUUAUGAGGUUGGUUGACCAGAGAUGGGCAGGAAUCGCUAAAGGAGUGGGUACUCAAAAAAUCAUUGGAAGAGUGCAUUUAGGACAGAUUCAGAUAGGCAAUGAUUUCCUUCAAUCUUCAUUUUCAAUAUUGGAGGAUCAACCAAUGGACAUGCUUCUGGGACUAGAUAUGUUAAAAAGACACCAGUGUUGUAUCGAUCUCAAGAAAAGUUUGCUGAUCAUUGGAACAACAGGAACUGAAACUAGAUUUCUGAGCGAGUCCGAACUUCCCGAUCAAGCUCGACAAAACUUUAAUCAACCCAUGUCUCCCAAAUCACAAUUGUCAGAGGAUGCUCAGCUCGCAGAAGCUCUUGCAAAAUCUCAAGAUGAAGCCUUAAAACCAGGUCCCUCAAGUAGUAAUAAAACUGUAACCCCAAGUGCCUCUGUUAAAGCCGAUUUUCCUGAGGAAAUCAUUCAGAGGCUUAUGAAUAAUGGAUUCUCAAGACAGGCUGUGAUACGUGAACUAGCAGCUGCCAAUGGCAAUGCAGAUCAAGCAUUAGCUUCUCUGAUAGCCAAGUCAUUUCAGCUUCCACAAUGACGAACCAAGCAUUAGUAUGAAUGUGGUGAAUGUAUUAGCGCGUGGUUAUGAUCAUGAGGUUGUAAAUUUGUCAGGGGUAUUUUUAAUCAAACUUUUUAUACAAUGAUGUAAUCAUUCUUCUUAACUCUCCCAGUUUUAUUUCAAGUGAAUGUGUUUUAAGCGAUUGUUUUUGUUUCUUGUUGACACACAAGUUGAUCUGUCUUUAAAAAUUACACUUUCUUGUUUAUCUCUUGUUCUGCAUGUCAGGUUCUUUUAGUUCUUUAGCUCGAAUAAAGAAUUGAUACACACA